UUCACAAUGGGUACAACAAUGGCUGAAACAAACCUAUCUUAUAGGGUGUACUACAGGGCUUCUCCCGACUACAAUUUGGCCAUCGGCGAAGGAAUGGCCAUUCUUGUCGCUAUUGAUGAGAAUGAUGACCGCCAGCAUUGGUACAAAGAUGACAAGUACAGCUAUAUGAAGGACAAAUAUGGCUAUGCUGCCUUUUCUCUGGUUAAUGAAGCAACUGGCCAAACCCUAAAACAUUCAUUCGAUCACCCUCUUCCUGUGAAAUUGGUCACUUAUAAUCCAGAUGUUCUUGAGGAGUCUGUCUUGUGGGCACAUGCAGAUGACUGUGGUGAAGGUUAUAGAGCUAUAAGGAGUCUUAAGUGGGCAUUGCAUUUGGAAGCCGCUGCUUUGACCGAUUCUUCCUAUUAUGGUGCUAUAAUUAUAGGCGGGCUCUGGAUUGAUGGAAAUAACCAGCAAUGGAAAAUUGAGCACCACCGUAAGAAAUAUAGAAAUCAUACCAGUAAACUCUGA